CCGCGGAAUUCGCGACGUGUGUCAGCUCGAGCUUCGACGGACGGGCUUGUUUAUCGUGACGUCGUCCCGGCAUAGAUCUCGGUCACGUACAUCUGAGAAUCUGGACACCGCUUGUACAGAGGAUCAUUCGCGCGCGUGUCACGAGCGUGUAUCGACCUCCCCGGCAAGCGAAACGUACCGACGUACGUUUUACGCUCGACGAAAACUGCUCCUGUAGCCGCAAACAGUUUCGCACGAGCCCUCUUCGUGCUAACCGUGUACCGUGAAAUUAAUCGCUCGAAUAACGACUAUUAUCAGGACUCGUCUCGCGAUACGAUGACGUGGUGGGAACGAUAAGAAGAUACAAGGGAGACCUUUGACGAGGACGACGAUUCCACGCCCCCGUUGGUACCCUUUUUUUCUCGCUGAAGACACGCGCGCAGCGCGAGCGCCCCAGUAAAAAUGGCAGAAGAAGGCGCGGGUGGAUCGGGAAACGGGAGUAGCGGCGAAACGAGUCGUUUGCAGCUUCUACAAGAGAUGCGACAGCAGAACUUUGAUACUAUUCGAUUUGCGUCAUAUCGUACUGCCUGCAAGCUAAGAUUUAUACAGAAAAAAGUUCAUUUGCACAACGUCGACAUAUGGAACGUAAUCGAGGCAUUUCGAGAGAAUGGUCUAAACACGUUAGAACCAUCGAGCACGUUAGGGGUAUCCAGACUCGAAACACUACUGUCUUCCCUGUUUCACGCGUUGAACAAGAGGGUCCCGGUGUCACAGCAAUCUAAAGUCGACGCAACUACGGCGUUGCUAAUGAACUGGCUAUUAGCUGCUUAUACUAGCGGAGAAAAUAAUAAAAUAUCCGUUUUCUCGGUGAAAGUAGCUCUGGCCACAUUAUGCGCGGGAAAACUCAUGGAUAAAUUUCGAUAUAUAUAUUCGCAAAUAUCCGACAGUAACGGACACAUGAUACAUUGGAGGUUCGCCGAUUAUCUAAAAGAAGUUCUAGCUCUAACUGCGGCAGUCUAUGAAUCCCCAUCGUUCGGAUAUUCGGAUGGUCUCGCUAACUCCAUUUUUCCCGCGAACUCCAAAGUUACCGUAAACGACUUUCUGGAUACGCUCAUGUCGGAUCCUGGUCCGCACUGUUUAAUCUGGUUACCGUUGUAUCACAGAAUGGCAGCCGUGGAAACAGUGGUCCAUCCUAUCAUGUGUGACGCAUGUCACAAAGAAAAUUUCACUGGGUUCCGAUAUAGAUGUCAGAAGUGUCAUUCGUAUCAGCUGUGUCAAGACUGUUUCUGGCGUGGUAAAGUUUCGGGAACGCAUAACAAUGAUCACGAAACAAGAGAGUAUAGUAGUUUUAAAUCACCGAGCAAACAGAUUGGCCAUUCUUUGCGAAAGAGCUUUAGAUGCGUCCCCGAAAAGGGAAAGAACAGUUUACCGCGGUUUCCAGAACAACCCGAGAAGACAUUGGAUCUGUCGCACAUAGUCCCACCGUCACCUUUACCAUCUCACAACGGUUUUCCAGAUCCAGGAUUUAUGGCUCCUUUUGAUUCAGGCUCGGUGGACAGUCGUUCAACCUUAAGGAGUAUGGACAGUUCAAGACUGGACGAUGAACAUAAAUUAAUAGCACGAUAUGCACAAAGGUUGGCACAAGAAGCUAGGACCAUGCCUCGUACUGCAUCCAGAAUGUCCCAGGCAGAUCAAACAGGAAGAGCGCCGUCGGAUGCGAAUUUGGCAUCUUUAGAUGCAUCGCGGGCACAGCGUGAACUUAUAUCGCAGUUAGAGGCGAAGAACAAAGAGAUAAUGCGCGAGAUAGCAAGGUUAAGAAGGCAACAAGAGAUAGAAGCCGCCGGUCUAGAAAAUCCAGCGUUGAUGUCUGAAUUGCGAGCUUUGCGACAGAGAAAAGAUGAAUUGGAGACGCAUCUAGCAACGUUGCAAGAUUCCAGAAGGCAAUUGAUGGUACAGCUGGAGGGAUUAAUGAAAAUGUUGAAGAAUCAUCAAGCAUCUCCACGAUCAACACCAAACAGUUCACCGCGAAGUACAAAGUCGCCGCCUUUGCCACCUGGUGUUAUUCCGAGCAGUAGAUCGGCACCACCGACUCCCGGCGGCCCGUUGUCUACAACGCCUCAACAACAGCAGCAACAGCAGCAACAACAACAGCAGCAACAACAAACGUCGCAACAAAUGUCCCAGAGCUAUCAAAGUCCCGUUCCGACAACGACAGUGGCUAACGUACAAGGCAAUGCUAUCCUUGGCACGAUACAAAAUCCUAUUCCGGAUAGCCUGUCGUGCGUUGGCGGCGAUGUAAGGUCUGCGUUCAGGACAAACAGCUUACCAGGGAGCGGUUCCAGCAGUGCCAAUAAUAGCUUGGGCCGAUCCUUAAGAAACGACUUACUGGUAGCUGCCGACAGCGUUACUAAUGCCAUGUCGACGCUUGUGAGGGAAUUAAAUUCAGACUCAGACCAGGAGGACCUUUCUCACAAUUCUGGGCUAAUGAACAUCAGAAAACCAUUAGAUUUUGAAGCUGGCGAGGACGGGGAUGACAGUAGCGGCGGUGGAAAUUCUUGGCGCGAGGAAUUGCAACGGCGUUAUCAACAGGAAAACGAUUUUUUGGCGGAAUUACGAGCUCGUAACGCAAACAUACCGCAAACACCAUCGGCCGCGUUGUCCAGCGAACAGGAACAGGAGAGAGGUGAACGUGAGGAGGCAGAUGGAGAGAAGGAAGACGAAAAUGAGUCCAAUUGGGCGGAAGCGGUGAAGAGAUGGGUCAAUCGAUAA